CCAUCUGGGAGUCUCUUUCACAUCCACAGAAUCUCCUGUCUGCCCCCCUUACUAUGGAAUCCCCUAACACUACCGCUCUCCUCUUCUUCCCCCACCUUCCCUUCUGCACCACACAACCAGGCUCAGUGCCAGAGACCUGGGUACUGCAGUUUUCCCCUGGUAGGUCAUACCCCCCCCAACCGUAUCCAAUGUGGUACACCUGAUAUUGAGGGGAACAGCCACAGGGAUACUCUGCACUACCUGCCUAUUCUCUGUCCUUCUCCUGGCAGUCACCCAGCUACCUGCAUCCUGCAGCUCAGGAGUCACUGCCUCCUUGCAGCUCGUGUCUAUGAACUCCUUGUUAUCCCAUAGGAGUCGAAGGUCCUUCUGCUACAGUUCCUGUUCCCUAACACGGUCUGUAAGGAGCUGCAGCUGGAUGCACCUGGUGCAGAUGUAGUUAUCAGGGAGACUGGAUGUCUCCCAGAACUCCCACAUCUCUCAGGAUGAACACCCCACUGACACUGGAGCCAUUCUCACUACGCUGGCCUGGCACUAAAGGAAACACCAAAGCAAGAAAGAAAGAAACUUACCAGAGACUUCCCUUCGCCUCUUGAGCCAAAGCCUCAGUCUCCCACUCUAACACCGGCCCACUCUCACAAUGGCCACUCCACUUAUACCUACCUUCCCUUUAUUUGCUACUGUUAAUCAGCCAAUCACCGGUAACAUUUUUGCAAAUAGGCUUCGUUUAAACACUUGCAAGGUGAAGCUCACAAGCACACGCACAGAGACCCACCUCUUUCCAAAGGUCCCGCUCCGAACCUGGCUCCAACUCCCGACUUUGGGGGAAUUUUCUGCUGUCAGAACGUGGAUAUUCAGUCCCAGUCAAUUCAGAUCUGUGUUUUAUUUGUUUCAGGAGGAAGUGCGUCAGGACAGGAGGGUUAGCGAGGAUGCGCAGGCACUGUCUGUAGCAGAAGGUGCCCUACCUGUGGGAAAAUUGAGAGAGACGGUACUGAAAGAAAUGUUUGAUGCCAUGAAGCAAGUCGCUGAGACCCUGGAUGUGGAAUCAGCCAGUCCGUGCCUUGAGGUGUUUGAGGAUCUGAGUCGUGGGAGAGGGACUGGGACCAAGACAAGUCUCUCUGACACCUGGAACAGGCAGAGACUCAGUGACCUGGGAGAUUGGGGAAUGAAGCUGCUGUCUGUGGCUCUGAGGGACCCGGAGUGUAAAGUACAGAGACUGGGGUUGUAUGCUGACAGUCUCGCCAUUGCUGAUGUUGAGGAUCUCACCUUGGCUCUCAGUACAAACCGCUCACUGACGGAGGUGGAGCUGGACCUGGGUUGGAAUAAACUGGGAGAUUCGGGAGUGAAACUGGUGUCUGAGGCUCUGAGGAACCUGGAGUGUAAAAUAGACAAACUGUGUCUAUGGUGUGUCGGUCUCACAGCUGCUGGUGUUGUGGAUCUCGCCUCUGCUGUCAGUACAAACCGCUCACUAACGGAGCUGGACCUGGGUGGUAAUAAACUGGGAGACUCGGGAGUGAAACUGGUGUCUGAGGCUCUGAAGAACCCGGAGUGUAAAAUACACAAACUGGGUCUACAGCGUGCCGGUCUCACAGCUGUUGGUGUUGUGGAUCUCAUCUCCGCUCUCAGUACAAACCGCUCAGUGACGGAGCUGGACCUGGAUGAUAAUGACCUGGGAGACUCAGGAGUGAAACUGGUGUCUGAGGCUCUGAGGAACCCGGAGUGUAAAAUACACAAACUGGGUCUACAGUGUGUCGGUCUCACAGCUGCUGGUGUUGUGGAUCUCGCCUCCGCUCUCAGUACAAACCGCCCUCUGACGGAUCUGAACCUGGGUGGUAAUAAACUGGGAGACUCGGGAGUGAAACUGGUGUCUGAGGCUCUGAGGAACCCGGAGUGUAAAAUACACAAACUGGGUCUAUGGUGUGUCGGUCUCACAGCUGCUGGUGUUGUGGAUCUCGCCUCCACUCUCAGUACAAACCGCUCACUGACGGAGCUGGACCUGGGUGGUAAUAAACUGGGAGACUCGGGAGUGAAAGUGGUGUCUGAGGCUCUGAGGAACCCGGAGUGUAAAAUACAGAAACUGGGUCUACGGUGUGUCGGUCUCACAGCUGCUGGUGUCGUGGAUCUCACCUCUGCUCUCGUGGAUCUCACCUCUGCUCUCAGUACAAACCGCCCUCUGACGGAGCUGAACCUGGGUGGUAAUAAACUGGGAGACUUGGGAGUGAAACUGGUGUCUGAGGCUCUGAGGAACCCGGAGUGUAAAAUACACAAACUGGAUCUAUGGUGUGUCGGUCUCACAGCUGCUGGUGUUGUGGAUCUCGCCUCCGCUCUCAGUACAAACCGCUCACUGACGGAGCUGGACCUGGGUGGUAAUAAACUGGGAGACUCGGGAGUGAAACUGGUGUCUGAGGCUCUGAGGAACCCGGAGUGUAAAAUACAGAAACUGGGUCUACAGCGUGUCGGUCUCACAGCUGCUGGUGUUGUGGAUCUCGCCUCUGCUCUCAGGACAAACCGCUCACUGACGGAGCUGGACCUCAUUGAUAAUGACCUGGGAGACUCGGGAGUGAAACUGGUGUCUGAGGCUCUGAGGAACCCAGAGUGUAAAAUACACAAACUGGACCUUGGGUGGACUGGUCUCACAGAUUCUGGCACCAAUAAUCUCGUCUCCGUUCUCAGUACAAACCGCUCACUGAGGGAGCUGGACCUGCGAUCAAACUCCCUCACAGACCGAUCUGUCCCCGCUCUGCGCCGUCUCACACAGACCCUCCCGUGUCUGGAGUGGCUCAGGCUGGACGAGAAUGAGUUCAGUUUAAAUGGAAGGGAUCAGCUGAAGUCCCUGGCUGGAACCAGAGCCAGACUGAGAGUGGUCCUGUGAACAUCCCAACGUGUGAACAGCACCGCCCCGGGACUGGAACACUUCUGUCCGAUUUCCCGCCCUCCCCUUUAAACCCGAACGUCGCAGCUGGAACCGAGCGAGUGUGCCCUCCCGUUGUGGUGUCAGAUGCCCAGUCCCGGGACAUGUGACUCGGCCGCCCGGUCCCAGGGUGCUGCUUCCAUCAGAUGUCCAGGGCUGGAUGUUCCCCAGUGCACAGGCAGGAAGGGCCCAGGGUGGGUUCAGUCUGGGCCACAGGGGGACACCGACAGUCCCACUCAGUGUCCCUGGGGCCGGGCUGGUGCAGGGAGGGGACAUCUGGGGGUGGAGUAGCAGUGAAGCGGGAGCGGGAUUUUCACUGCACCCCGUUCAGUAGCCGGUGAUAGAAGGAGCGGCUCAUUGACUGGCCCAAUAAAUGUGCAGCAAUCUGGGACUCUGCCCGGUGUUAUCAUUUCAUAAUCAGCAGUGUCCCAAAUGAUGACUGACAGCGAUACACAGGGCUGGUCACACAGUGUAUCACCUGGAUCAGUUGUGUUACCCAACUGUCUGCAGGGAUUGGGUCUCUCACAAUAUUACCCAGGCUUUGAUUUCACCAAACGAUAACUGGCAAUGUUAAGGGUUUUUUUUCAGUUUUUUUGCAUUUAAUAUUUUAUUAACAGAUUGCGGUUUUGAGAAAUACUUUGAAAAUCAUUUCCACGUAACUAUCAAAACCUUUGCAUGUAUCUGCUUGUACUAACGGUGUGCAGCUAUUCUUCCCAUGGUGUGAAAUUACCUCAACCAUGGGGUGACUCAUGUUACCGCUGGAAAAGGGUCCAGGUGCCGAUGAGGAAGAAAUAAGUUUUGUAGUUCUAUCUUGUUUUGCUGAAGCUCGCUGUCAGCAACUGCCUGAGUCAGUGCAGCUUCCCACGAGGUGGGUCUGAAGGUCCACACUGACCGGUGCAUCUCUGAGUGGGGAUCAGUGCAGAGCUCGAUUUACACUGUUCCCUCUUUCUCUGUCUCGCUGACUCCCGCUGGCGUUAACCUAAUAAA